AUGCUGAGGGCCCUCGGGUUUGAUAGCAAUUGGAUUGCUCUUGUAAUGCUCUGUGUCACCACCGUUAAUUAUUCCAUUUUGGUUAACGGUGUGGCUGCGGGACAUGUUCGUCCUACCCGGGGAAUCAGGCAAGGCGACCCUUUGUCGCCUUACCUCUUUAUCCUUUGUGCUGAAGGGCUAUCGAUUCUCCUGCAACAAGCAGAGGCCUGGGGUGACAUACAUGGGGUGAGGGUGGCCCGGGGUGCACCGGCCAUCUCUCACCUGUUCUUCGCUGACGAUAGUUUACUCUUUUUCAGGGCCAACCAACGAGAAGCGGUGAAUAUCAAACAAUGCUUAGAUCUUUACAGCUUGGCAUCGGGGCAACUUAUCAAUUUUGAUAAGUCCAAUGCUGUUUAUAGUCACAACACACCAGGCCCCACUCGGGACCUAGUUACGGGGAUUGUGGGUGUUCAAGAGGCUCCGGACUUGGGUCGUUACCUAGGUCUGCCAUCGGCCCUCGGGCGAAACAAAACGGCUGUGUUCAAAUAUAUUGAAGAGAAUAUCCGGGCACGUAUCGGGUUGUGGCAGCAUAUGUUUCUGUCCCGAGCAGGCAAGAAGGGGUGGCGCUUGCUAACUCAACCUGACUCGUUGGUAAGCCGUAUCUUGAAGGCUAAAUAUUUUGCUACCGUGGAUUUCAUGGAGGCCCAGGUAGGAGGGAACCCCAGCUUUAUUUGGCGGAGUAUAAUGGCCGGGAGGGCUGUUUUAGAGCAAGGCUUAGCCAGACGAAUUGGUGAUGGAACGGAAACGAGAAUUUGGGGGUGGAACUGGCUCGCGGAUGCUUCAAACAAACCUCUAAUCACGCUGUGUGUGGAAGAAUUGCGACAUGCGACGGUUAUUGGACUACUUGACGAGCAUGGGCGGUGGGAUGGUGACAUAUUGCGGGAUAUUUUUCACUCUGAUGACAUCCCCAGGAUCCUUGCCACCCCAGUGAGUACUCACCUCAAAGACUGCUGGAGAUGGCCAGGUGAUUUGCGAGGUAAGUACACGGUGCAGAACGGUUACCGCCUCCUCGCUCGCGAGAGGGUGCAACCAACAGUGGAUGUUGCGUUUCAUGCAUGGAAAACAUUAUGGGCAGCACAGACUCCACCCAAGUGA